AUGUCCCUCGCCCGCGCGAUCGUCGCCAUCGCCUCGACGCCGCGCCCGCGACGAUCGCGCGCGACGAUCGCGCGCGCGGGCGCGUUCGAGGUCCCGAACGCGUACGCCACGGUGACGCCGACGAUGAACGGGGUGCUGGUCAAGGUGGCGGCCGCGGAGGCGGUGACCAAGGGCGGGAUCGUGCUCACGGAGAGCGCGCAACGGAAACCGACGAGCGGCGAUGUGACGGCCAUCGGUCCGGAUUGCAAGCACGUCGCCGUCGGCGCGACGGUGCUCUACAGCAAGUUUGGCAUCGGGUGCACGGACGUGAAGAUUGGUGCGGACGAGUACACGCUCAUUAAGGAGGCUGAUUUGAUCGGUACCUUUCCGAACAGCGGCGCGCGGGCGAACGAUAUUCCCAAGCUCGCGCCGUGCGGCGAUCGCGUCUUGUUGCAAGUCGAGCGCGCCGCGAGCGAGACCAAGGGCGGCAUCUUGCUCACGGAGGGCUCCAAGGAGAAGCCCAUCGUCGGCACCGUCCUCGCCGUCGGUCCGGGUAAGGUUGAAAAAGACGGUACCGUGAAGCCGAUGACCCUGCGCGCCGGCGACAAGGUUGUCUACUUCAAGUACGCCGGCGACCAAAUGUCCGACGAGGCGGGCAACCCGUUCGUCGUCCUCCACGAGAACGACUGCCUCGCCAAGCUCUGA